AUGGCGUUCUCCAGCCUGUCGAAGACUAUAAUACUCAUAUUUCUGGCCCUUGCGGUGGGUGGAAAUGGCUCGAGGAUAAACCGGCGGGAGGUCGUCCGUCGCUUCAAUCCCGUCCGGACCAACUUGUCCUCCACGACUCCCAUCCAGGUGGGAAAUGGCAACUUUGCCUUUGGAGCUGAUGUUACCGGGCUACAGACCAUUUUGCCGUACAACAUUCUGUCCUCCUGGUGUUGGGCCAAUGACUCUCUACCUACCGAGCCGGGCCAGGAUGCUACCUCCGACUUUACAGGACAGGGCUGGUGGACUCAUGGUAGACUGGUAAACUACGAUAUGCCAGACCCGGCCGAAGCAGCCAUCUCGACGUGGCUGAGGGCGAAUCCGCAUCGUGUCAACCUAGGAAGGAUUGGUCUUCUGUACAAUGGCAAGAAUAUCUCGCUGGCGGACUUGUCCAACAUGUCGCAGACCUUGGAUCUCUAUACUGGACUUUUGACAUCUGAAUUCAUUCUCGGAGGGGUGAAGGUAGUUGUGCAGACCGUUGGAAGCCCGAGCUCAGACGAGGUUGCGGUGCGCGUAGACUCGCAAUUGCUGCAAAAUGGAUCGCUGAAUGUCUUCUUCGACUAUCCCCUGACUACCGGGGCCGCGUCAUUUCAAGCGCCGUUUGUCGGUGAUUGGAAUGCUGCAUCGAACCAUACAACGAAGCUGUCCGUCCAUGACCACCAGAAAGCCGUAAUUCAACAUUCUCUGGGAGGAACAACAUACUACAACAGCAUUUCGUGGCUACCCCAAGGGAACAUCAACGGUCCCAUCAACAGAGCCCAUCGAUAUGUCCUCCAACCAUCUGGAAAGACCACGUUUUCCUUCACUUCCACCUAUACCCCGGAGAAUAACGCUCAGGUCGGCACAUUCAACAGGGUAAAAGCAGAAUCAGCGACCUGGUGGGCCAAGUAUUGGGAAUCAGGAUCGUUCGUCGACCUCACGGCCAGCGGAAGCUCGGACAUCAAAGAACUGCAGCGACGCAUUAUUCUCUCGCAGUAUCUCCUCGCGGUCAAUUGCGCGGGGAGGGACCCUCCCCAAGAAGCAGGACUGCAAAACAACGGAUGGUACGGAAAGUUCCAUCUGGAGAUGGUCUUUUGGCAUCUGGGCCACUGGGCCCGAUGGGGUAAGUGGGAGCUCCUCAACCGCAGUCUCAGAGUGUACGAUCGCUUUCUUCCCUCGUCCAUCGAGCGCGCCAAACAACAAGGAUACUCAGGCGCUCGACUGGGCAAAAUGAGCGAUCCAUCCGGUCGAUCGGCCCCGGGCGAGAUCAACGCGCUCUUGAUCUGGCAACAGCCGCACGCGAUGUAUUUCGCCGAGCUGGAGUAUCGCGCCUUUCCCACGGCGCAGACUCUCAGGAAAUGGGACACCGUCUUGACAGAACUCGCCGAGUUCAUGGCCUCGUACGCGUGGUGGAAUAGCUCGACGCAGGUGUACGAUCUGGGUCCGCCAAUGUACCCGUCAUCGGAGAACACGAACCCGAAUUCGACAUACAAUCCCACUUUCGAAUUGGCGUACUGGCGCUUUGGUUUGCGAAUUGCCUCGGAGUGGAAGCGUCGACAAGGUCAACCUGUUCCGUCCGAAUGGAUACAUGUUCAUGAUAACCUGGCUCCUUUGCCCGUGACCGACGGAGCGUACGCCAUUUGUGCAGAUCUUCCCAAUAUGUGGACCACCUACGAUUAUAUUUCCGACCAUCCCAGCCAGAUUGCCGUCUACGGCCUUCUCCCUCCCACGCCUGGAGUGGACGUCGGAAUCGUCAACGCGACGAUGAUGAAGAUCAACCAGGUUUGGAACUUGACCAACUCAUACGGGUGGGAUUUUCCCAUGCUGGCUCUGACGGCUACCCGUCUGGGAGACUCGCAGCAGGCCGUGAGUUAUCUUCUCGAUCCUGUCUUUCAAUUUGAUGAUGUCGGUAAUCCCAUUGGCGGUUCGCGGGUGCCUACUCCGUACUUCCCUGCCUCAUCUUCCUUGCUUCUUGCGGUUGCGAUGAUGGCAGGUGGAUGGGACGGCAACGAGGGUCCGCAUUUUCCCCUUGGUUGGAAUGCAAAGACAGAAGGGUUUACUCCUGGUCUUUGA